AUGGGCGACUCAUCUACACCGCCCGUACGCUCACGUCGCAUCAGCAUGCUGCCCAUUGACGAUUCCGACCCCGCACAGGCGCGUGACAAGCUGCAGGUGCUCGAGCUCGAAAACUUCGGCCUCACAGAAGAGCUCGACCACGUCGAACGCAAGAACCUCGAGCUCGAACGACAGCUCGAAGCUCUUCGCUCCACUAUCUCUCAGCAGCCGCAAUCAAGGCUGGCCGAGUCGCAGGGGGAAUCGGUGUUAGCUUCGACGUCGAUGUCGUUUGAUGCAUCGCCCAACUACGCAGCCGAGGUGAAGGGGGCACGUCGACUCAUCCACCGUCUUGCCACGCACAUCUCUGCACACGACCCAUCCACAUCGCAGGAGUCUGCCUCUUUCGACGACGAGAGGUACUUUACACUCGACCAGAGCCUGGUCCACGAUCCGGAGCGCUCGUUCGUCUCGCCGGGGGUGACACAUCUGACGACGCCGAAUGGGAAGCACACCGUCGCACGCGCGUUCGGCAACGAUCUACUCGACGACGUAGAGACCCUCAGGAGUGCGUGGGAGGAGCAUGCACGCAAAGCGACCUUUGCUGCGGUGGAAGCCCACACGCACGCCGAACGGCAACAAGCAACGAUCGCACAGCUUCGAACCGAGCUGCACAACGCUCAGGCCGCAGCGGCAUCCACCUCCACACACGAGCUCACACAGCAACUGCAAGCCGAACAACAACGCAGCGGCGAGCUCGAAGCCAACCUGACCGCCGCAGAGGCGAUGCACGACCAGCUGGAACAGCUCACACAGCAACUGCAGUCGGAACAACACCGUAGCGCCGAGCUCGACGCCGAGCUUACGGCGGCCAAAGUCAGGAUCUCUACGAUGGACACUUCGAACGAGGCGACAAGCGAGCGCAUUCACGAGCUGGAAGAGCAGCUCGAAGCCGAGCGAACACGCAGCGGCGACCUGGAAACCAAGCUCUCCUCUGCCGAGGCAAGGAUCGCGCACAUGGAUGCGCUGGAGCAAGAGCUGGCGGAGCGCCGCACACGCGCCGACGAAGUGGGCGCCAUCCUACGCGAGCUCGCCGACAAGCGGCAGCGGCUGCACGCGAUCGAGCUGCACACAGCGCAGGUAAGCGCGCUGCAGCGCGUGCUCGACAGGCAGACGCGCAUCGUCGCCCUGCUCGAGCGCGACGAGACGACGAGCGCCGACAUGCAUGCACAGUGGUCCGAGUACGCCCGCGACAUGUCCGCAUCCCUAGCGCUACUCCGUCCCAGUUCGAGCGACGAGGAGAGGCGCAGUGAGACGAACGAGGCGACCGAGACCUCCGCAGCGCAAAGCGAGGCGCAGGAGGAGGAUGCGGUGGCGGGCCUGCGCGACAAGGUCGACGAGCUCGAGGCGCGCGUGCUGCGCCGCAACGAGCAGAUCGGACACCUGCAGCGCCAGCUCUCGACGGCCGAGAACGACCUCAAGCGCACACGCACCAACCAGACCCUCGCCGAAACCACCGUGGAGGAGCUCGAAGACAGCCUGGCCGAGCUCGAAGCACAACGCACCGAUUUGCAGAACCGCGUCAGGCAGCUUGAGUUGCACGUUGCCUCGCUGCCCGCACCCACUGCGCCGACAGAGCAUGCUGAUGCCGAAGCACAGGUCGCUCUCGACACGGCGCAGACGCAGCAGGUGCAAGAGCUCAGUGCUGCUCUUGACACGGCGCGCGCGCGCGUGGCGCAGCUCGAGGAGCAUAUCGCCUCGCUUGCGACCGUCACUGCACCCGAGCACGCCGACGCCUCGGCGCAAGCCACGCUUUCCACCACUCAAGAUGGGCGCAUCGCCGAGCUCGAAGCUGCGCUACAAACCGCAGAGGCACGGACGUCCGAGCUGGAAGCCCAGUCGGACGAGCUGGUUUCGCUGCGCACCUCUCUGCGCAAAGCGACGGACAAGACCGCGUCCCUGGCGCUCGAGCUCGAUGAGGUGCAGCUGGCGCUUGCCGAGCAUCGCGAGAGCGCCUCCGCCGACGCCGAGCGUCUCGAGCAGCUCGAAUCGCAGCUCGCCACGCACGAAUCCGACCGCACCCAACUCGCCACACUCUCUGAACGCAUCGCACACCUCGAGGAGGAGUUGUCGGCCUCGCACGCUGCACGCGACUCUGCACUGGACCUCCAACAGACCACGGCAUCCGAACUGGCCGCACUCGUCAGCAAGCACACCGAGCUCGAGGCGGUCUUGGCCGCACGCGAUGCGGCGAUGCACGCGCGCAACGCCGAGUACUGGACGCUCAAAGAAGAGCUCGCCGAGCUGCAGGAAGAAGCCGAACGCUCCCGCCCCGAACUCAUCACCCCCGCCGCGCUCUCCACCCUCCGCUCUGAGCUCGACUCUGCGCUGCAGCGCGUGGCUGCGCAAGAAGAAGUGCUGCUGCGCUUCAAGUCGGACCUCGCCGCGGCCCGGUCGACCGAGGAGCUGCUCAACGCACAGUACGCCGCUGCCCAACGUCGAGCCGCCGAGCUCGAAGCCGCUGCGGAUGCAAGGCCCGAUGCAGAGCUCGAGGAGAGGCUGCACAAGGCCGAGGAGGAGACGAGCUACCUGCGCACGCGCAUCGACGAGCUCGAGGAGGAACUGGGCCGAAAGGCGGACGAGAUCGAGGAGGCCGAUUCCAAGAUCCUGGACGCACUCAAGGAGACCAAAAAGUACGCCACGCGCUAUACCAAGUUGAGUGCACGCCUCGACGAUGCCAAGAAGCAGCUCGUGGCUGCACACGCUCAGACCAAGCACGCCGAGGAGGAGCUGUCCAGGUGGAAAACACGCGCGGACAAGAGCGCUGUUACCUCUGCGUCGGUGGCAGUCACUCCCUCCGCAUCGAAGGCAGUUGGGGUGAAGCGCAAGGUGGACGAGACCGAGGCGGUGGCAGUGGAGGAGGUACGUGCCGUGUAUGCUCCCUCGCCCUCGGCACGGCCGUCUUCCUUCACACCUGUUCGGCGCACCAAAAAUCCCGUGCUGGGGCUGGGGACGCCCUCAACCGCACCGGACGGGAUGGUGCGUUCGUCAUCCAAUCCGUCCGAACUCGUCGCGGCGCGCCUCUCGCCGGCCAAACCCGCCCUGGGGGACCGCACGAACCUCGCUCCCGCUCCUGCACGAACCAGUCGACUGGCGAAAACCACACUGCUCCCCGCCGUCCCCGACCCCGUUCCCAAGCCAGCUCCUGCUGGGGCGGCCGACUUUCUCGCGCGCAUGAAGGCGCAAUCUCGCGCUCGCUGA